GGUCUUCCGACAAGGCCUUCUCAAGGGCCCCUUCGCCCCACCCAUUUGGAUAGCAGCAGCGAUGGCCUCCUUCAACGGCCAUUCGAUGGCUUCUGGAUCCCAUCCGUCCGACUACGAUAUCGUCUCCCGGUACGCGGCAGCGCAUCCGGAGCACCCUGCGGCGUCAGCCGCCGGGGAAAUACUGUUAUCAGGGGAGGAGGGAGGUCACACGAGCAGCACUAGACGGCCUUCCAAGCCUACCAUGGCCCCACCAAGCACUGCACGACGCAGCACACCGACUGAAGAGACGCCCCUGUUACAUCCGCGGUCUGCGUCUCCCCAGAUUCGCGAGAACAACGACGACAGUAACGACAAUGACGACGAUAAUAAUGCUAGUGGUGGUUAUGACAUGUAUAUCAGCGAACUCAAGACGCUGACCAAGUACUCGUUGCCUGUAUUCGGGACGCAUUUACUCGAGUAUUCUCUGAUUAUUGCUCCCGUGCUGAGCAUCGGACACCUGUCCACGACGGCGCUGGCUGGCAUAACUCUGGGCUCGAUGACGGGCAGCGUGUCGGGCUUCUCGAUCCUGCAGGGUCUGGUGAGCGCCCUGGACACACUGCUGCCGCCCGCGUGGACGUCGCCGCAGCCCAACCUGGUGGGUCUGUGGUCCCAGCGGAUGGGCGUGGUGAUGGCAGCAAUGCUAAUUCCGAUGUACUGCAUCUGGUUCAAUGCCGAGGUGAUUCUGCUCGGCCUGAAGCAAGAUCCCGAAGUGGCGCACCUUGCCGCGCUCUACCUGCGCUGGGUGUCCUUGGGUCUUCCUGCUUAUGCGUUCAACCUUGUCAGCCGGCGGUAUUUCCAGUCGCAGGGUCUGUUUGCAGUGCCCACGCGGAUCAUCUGUAUCGUGGCGCCGAUCAACGCUGCGCUCAACUAUCUGCUAGUGUGGGGCCCCGAGCCGAUCCGCCUGGGCUACAUCGGCGCGCCGAUUGCGACUGCGUGUGCGUUCAAUCUGGUGUGCCUCAUGAACAUCGUCUACGGGGUCUUCAUCGCGCCCAAAACGGCGUGGCAGCCGUUCUCGCGCCGCAGCUUCACGAGCCUCGGGAUUGUGCUCAACCUCGGCCUGGCCGGCGUCGGGCAGACCGCGUCCGAGUGGUGGGCGUGGGAGCUGGUUGCGCUCGCUGCGGCGCUAAUCAGCCCGGCUGCGCUUGCGACGCAGUCGAUCCUUUUAUCCUCGGCUUCGACGACGUAUCAGGCCCCGUUUGCGUUGAGCGUCGCUACCGCAGUUCGCAUCGGAAAUCUUCUCGGAGAGCUGGAUGCGGUGCGGGCCAAGGUCGCGGCCCACACCGCCAUCCUCAUGGCGUUGGUGUUGAGCUUGGUAUUCAGCACGAUGUUUAUGGUCUUCCGCAAUCGCUGGGCGUAUUUGUUCAACGAGGAUCCGGAGGUCGUCGGAAUGGUCGCCCAGCUUCUCCCCCUGGUCGCGCUGUUCCAAGUCUUUGAUGGCCUUGCCGGUGUCACAGGUGGGAUUCUGCGCGCCAAAGGAAAGCAGAUGACCGGUGCUCUUCUCAAUCUCAGUGCCUACUACGUCAUUGGCAUUCCAUUCGGCAUCUGGCUCGCAUUCAGCUGGAACAUGGGCCUCCCUGGGCUCUGGAUCGGGCUCACCGUGUCCCUUGUCUACUGCGCGUUCUUUGGGACGCUGCUAUGUGUGCGGUCUGACUGGAACCACGAGGUCGACAAGGUUGUCAAAAGGAACGAGGCGGAGAACCGCGAUAAGGCGGCCAGUGCAGAGGCGGGGCAGAUCCAUUGAUCUACAGUAGUAGCGAUGAGAUAUAUAUGCUCAUCAAGAACUCUGUAAUGAAUUGACGGCAUUCAUGUUGAGUAGGUGCUAUUCCAGUGUGCUCAUAUCGAUCUCGACCUCGAUGCGAUAGUUCGUCUCAGUCGGUACCAAGUAAGGGACGAAUCUCAUGAUGUGUCAUCACGUUCAUACUGCGGGCGAGGCUUCUUCGGAUCCUUUCUGCCACCCCCACUAUUUAUCAGCGCGCUCGUCUGCUCUCACACACGCAACGUGAUGAAGUCGAGGGUGUUUCUGCGCAACGCGACACUGAAGAAGGCCGGACGGACACUCUCCCUCUCCCGCCGUCCCAGCGCGAUCGGACGGGCGGACGGACGGAAGACGAGCCAAUGGAGACGAGCCCGCUGCUUGGGCAGGCUGAACGGCGCGAAAAACGCGAGACGCGGCUGCGGGGGCGGCGCCGCUACGCGUCCGAAUUUCGGUUCCUCGCGCGUGCAUCACUGCCGAUCUUCGCAACGCAUCUGCUGGAACACAGCGUGGUCAUCGCGCCGGUGCUCAGUAUCGGGCAUCUCGGGACCAUCUCGCUGGCUGCGUUCAGUCUCGGCUCGAUGACGGCGGGUGUGACGGGGUACUCGAUCAUGGAGGGACUGGUCACUGCGCUCGACACGCUGCUGCCCCCCGCAUGGACGUCCGGGGAGCCGAGCUACGUCGGGCUGUGGACACAGCGAAUGGCUGUUGUCAUGGGGCUGGCGUUAAUUCCCAUUCUGGGGAUAUGGCUGAAUGCGGAGGGGCUUCUGCUCCGGCUGGGGCAGGAUGCGGAAGUCGCGCGUCUGGCGGGCGUAUACUUGCGCUACGCCGCUUUCGGUCUGCCGGCGUACAGCUUCAACAUCAUAUCCAGGCGUUACUUCCAAUCCCAGGGACUGUUUACGGUGCCGACUAGGAUUGUGUUUGUCGCAGCGCCUGUGAGCGCGUUCCUCAACUGGCUUCUGGUAUGGGGUCCUCCGAAUGUCAGACUCGGCUUCAGCGGGGCACCGAUUGCGACGUCGUCCGCGUUUACGCUUGUGAGUCUGAUGAACAUCGGAUACGGCGUGUUUCUCGCGCCGAGGACGGCCUGGCGCCCCUUCUCCGCCGAGAUUGUGGACAUCAAAGGACUCGGCCUGGCGCUCAGACUAGGAGUGGCCGGUGUCGGACAGAUGGCGUCGGAGUGGUGGGCGUGGGAGUUGAUGACCUUGGCUGCUUCGCUACUGGGCCCCACCGCCCUGGCCUCGCAAUCGGUCCUGCUCUACACCACGACGAUGACGUAUCAGGCCCCGUUCGCCGUCAGCCUGGCGGCGGCCACGCGCAUCGGCAACCUCCUCGGUGAGACAGACGCGUUGCGGGCCAAGAUCGCCUCGCGCGUGGCGCUAGGGUCCGCGUUUGGCCUGGGGUUGAUACCGAGCACGCUGCUGAUGACGUUCCGGCAUUCGUGGGGUCGGAUUUUCAACGAUGAUCCGGAGGUUCUGCAGCUGGUCGCCAGUGUUUUGCCGCUGCUUGCUCUGUUCCAGGUGUUUGAUUCAGUCAAUGGAGUUGCGUCAGGCAUCAUGAGAGCCAAGGGUCGACAGAUGACGGGUGCACUGCUCAAUCUUAGUGCUUACUAUAUCCUUGGCCUCCCGAUCGGAUGUCUCCUCGCUUUCAAGAUGCACAUGGACCUGCACGGGCUCUGGCUCGGGCUGACCGUGUCGCUGGUGUACUGCUCGCUGAUCGGGGCGUGGAUGUGUCUCAAAACAGACUGGGUGAAGGAGGCCAAGCGGGCGGUCGCUAGAUCCGUGUAAAAGUUGUCUACAAAAGAGCCCUCCAAAAUAAUCAUAUGAUCAUGAUAUUG